UCACCAGAUUUGACAAACAAUGAAUUGUAAAUAGUUAAAUGUCUGCUGAUAACAAAUUUAAUCAGUACCUCGUUGUAGAAAUUGCUGUUUGUAGAUUAUACUUUUGAUAAGUAUUUACCACAUCUCAUUUCAAUAACAAGUAUCCAGCAAUCCGUGUAGUAAAUUUUAAAUAUACUGGUUCAGCCAUUUACCAUUCAGCUGCUAGAAGACUUCAUAAUUGUAUUGUAAGAAAAAUAAAAGAAGCUCAUUUUGAUCCGGGCAGCAAAAAGGUACUGAGCACUGGACUCGCUACCAUAUAAGAAAAAUGUGCAUCUUAUUCAUGUAUAAUGGCACCAAUGAUCCCAAGAGCGACUACAGUCUAGUACUAGUCUCAAACAGAGACGAGUAUUAUGACAGACACACUCAAAAUAUGGCCCCAUGGAAUGAAGAUCCUAACGUUCUCGGAGGGCGUGAUUUGGAAGUCAAUGAAGGGGGGACUUGGUUAGCUGUUGCUCCAAGGCGUAAAAAGCUGGGAGUGCUGUUAAACAUAGCAGGCAAUAACAAACCGGAUGCCAAAAGUAGAGGAAAAAUAGUGGCUGACUAUGUCAAAGGCGACAGGCCCAUCAAGACCUAUAUUGAACAAAUUAAAAACUACACUGAGAACUGUAACGAGUUUGUAUUUGUCUCAGUAGAAUUCAGGCAAGGUGGCCCACUAAUAUCUUCAUACAACAACGCGAAUGACGAGCUGGCAGAACACAAGGAUAUUUAUGUGGGCUUCGGCAACUCCCUGCCGGAGAAGCCUCUGAAGAAGGUGGAAGCGGGCAGAAAUAAACUGAAAGAAAUCAUAACCACGUUCAACAAAGUGUGUAUGCAGCAGGAACUUGUGGAUAAACUUAUUGAACUUCUCAAGUGGGAAGAGAGCCACUUGCCGGAUCACCAGUUGGAGAAAAGGCGACCGAAUUUGUUCAAAGAACUGAGCUCUGUUUACGUGUGCAUACCGCAAGGAAGAUACGGAACAAGAACCCACACUAUUGUGCUGGUCACUAAGACAGGACAUAUGAACGUCAUUGAGAUCACUCAGGAGUCACCCAUUGAUCCCCUAAAGCCCAAGUGGGUUAGAACUGAAUACCAAUUUGAUUUGUAAAUGACCAGGUAAACUGAUAUUGUAUUAUAUUUUUGAUAUUAUUACUCAUGAGAUUAUUAGAAAAUUAAUAAACAGUAUUUUUGAAUAAAAUAA